AUGUCGCGGCCUGCUGCAAGGAAGGCAGCGCCCAAAGGCGAGUAUAUCGAGACGGACUCAGGGAACAAGGUCUCCCGCCGUGCUGCCAUAACGGGAACCGCCAACAUCACUCUAGGUGGACGAACUGUGAUAAUGGCAGAUGUUCAACUACGCGGCGACCUACACCCCACAAGAUCUGCGCCCUCACAGUCUGGCAGAGAAACAACCCCAAUCAGUAUCAACAUUGGGCGCUGCACUGUCAUAUCUACUGGCAGCGUGAUUAAACCCCCAGCCCGAAUAAGCAGAGGGCAGGUGCAUUAUUACCCGAUGAAGAUCGGAGACAACGUGUUUGUCGGACCCAACAGCACCAUCUCCGCCAUCUCCAUUUCAUCACACGUCCACAUCGGCGCCAACGUCACUAUCCAACCUUUCGUCAUCAUCAAGGAGAACGUCAAGAUCCUGCCGCACACUGUGGUGCCAAUGAAUAUGGUCAUCGCCUCUGGAUCAGUAGUUGGCGGGCAGCCUGCGCGUGUCAUCGGUGAAGUAGGAGAGGGGUGGGGCGUUGGCGGUGGAGGAGCAGGAGGAGGGUUGGGCGUGGGCGGUGGUGGAGAGGAGAAGUGGGUUGAGGGCGGCGAUUUGAGGGAGUUGGUAAGGAGCAUCAAGUAA